AUUACUCUGACUCUGGUAACGUGACUUCCUGGUAACGUGUUAGGUAGGAAAAGCAGUAAAAAAGUGCAUAUUAAGGGAGCAGAUUUGAAAUAAUAUUUAUACUUAACAAGAAAUAAUUAAAGGUUCAAUGGGGAGACCUAAAGAUUUACGCAUAUGGGAGCACUACCGUACUUUACCAAACAAGUCUGUUUCUUGCAAGCUUUGUAAUAAGGUCUACAAAUUCAGUAAUGCUGCCAAAAUGCUUCAACAUCUUAUCACUUGUCCAAAAUCUCCAGAAACAUUAAAAGACUCUAUGAAACUUAUAAAAGAUAGCUCGUCCAAAACCAAAAUGUCUGGACUGUCAGAGAUAGAGACAAAUGAUUCUUUUAUAAGCCCCUCGUCGUCUGCUAACACUACAAUAAAUGCUGAGUUUCAAGACACCGAUGAUCAUAUAAAAACAGAAUUAGCGAGAGCUAUAUUUGUAACAGGGACGCCAUUAUCGAUGGUGCAACAUCCUUUAUGGAUACAAUUUUUCGAAAAAUUGCAACCAAAAUUUAAAAUACCUUCACGUAAAGCUUUAGCGACAAAAUACUUAGAUAAAAUAUAUAGAGAAAUGCGUUUUGAGUUAAAUGAGGAACUAAAUGCUUGUAGUUACUUACACCUUCAGUGCGAUGGCUGGUCUAAUUUAAGAAAUGAAGGAAUAAUAAACUUUCUUAUAUCAAAACCUCAACCUGCAUACGUUAAAAGUUUGAAUACAGAAAGUAAUCCUCACACUAGUGAAUACCUUAGCCAAGAAGUUGAAAAAGUAAUGAAAGUGUAUGGAGCAAAUAAGUUUCUUGUACUUAUUGGCGAUAACGCUAGAAAUAUACAAAAGGCAUUCGAAUUAACAAAACUCAAAUAUCCACAUGUUGUUCCUCUCGGUUGCUGUGCACAUAUCCUUAACUUGUUGUGCCAAGAUAUUGUAAAGAUACAAGAAGUAACUGUGUUUAUUAUGCAAGCCAUAAAUAUAAUAAAAACUGUUAAAAGGAGUCAACGAUUAAGUUCCUUGUUGAUAAAAUCAAGGCAGGGUGAAGAUUCUACACAAACACUAAAAUUGCCUUGUGCUACAAGAUGGGGAAGUCAUGUUACUUCGUUAAAAAGUUUGAAAGCAAAUAAGAUAGCUUUGCAAAUAUUAACAGUUAGAGAAGAUGUGGUAAUUUCAAGAGAUAUUAAAGAUUUAAUUCUAAGUGAUGAUUUCUGGACGAAGACAGGGGAAUGUAUAAGUAUUUUGGAACCAGUCACUGAAAGCAUAUUUUACUUAGAGAGCGACCAGAAUCGUUUGCAUCGCACAUACAUUACAUUUAGAGAUGUACAAGCUAAGAUACGUUUUGCAUUAAAUGAGAUUUCGACAUUGAGCGAAGAAAGCAAACAGCAGAUUCUAACAUCAGUAUCUUCAAGAUGCAAUAUGGCAAUGAGGCCAAUACAUUUUGCAGCAUAUAUUCUAGACCCCAGGACUCUAGGAGUCGAACUUACUCAAGAGGAAGAACUUAAGGGUAUGGAGUUUAUCUACAAUUUAAGCCAACACUUAAGUUUGUCAAAUGUAAUGGCAGAUUUGGCGUGUUAUAAAGCUAAAGAAAACUUUUGGGCCAGAGGAUUUGUAUGGAGCUCAUUAGAUAGCAUUGAGCCCCUAAUAUGGUGGAAAGGUAUUUGUGGUUCCACUGAGUUAAGCAAAGUAGCGAUUCGUAUUCUAUCAGCUCCCUGUACUUCGGCAGCCACUGAGCGUUCCUUUAGUAUCCAAGGCUACAUACAUAAUAACAAAAGAAAUCGACUUACAACUGAAAGAACUGAAAAAAUUUCAUUCAUUUGUUAUAACUGGAAUCUUAAACAUAAAGCUGAAUGCGAGGACAUUCAGUUUAAUGAAGAAAAUACCUUAGAAGCUUUCAUUGAGCAAGUAAAUGAACAUAACAGUUUAGACGAAAUAGAGCCUAUCGAACCUAUACAAUUCAUCGCUUGUAAUAACUCUGAAUCUGACAGUGAUUGACUGUAGUUUUACAUUUUACUUUCAUCUCUUUCUUAAUAAACUCAAAAUCAAAUUAAAA